AUGACUGCGCGGUGCCGUGGUCCCUGGCUUCCCAACACGAAUUGCCAUGUCCCUUUGAGGGAGAGCCGCCUCGCUCACCAGCGUUUCCAUCACAGCCGAAUCCCCAAGACCACCUACACCUGCGCCUUCACCGGGCGCGGUCAGCUCGUCGAGAUCCGCGCCGCCCAGCGCACCUUUGAGGGCGCCUACAUGCGCACCGCCCUCUCGCAGUUUUCUUUCGCCCUCAUCAUCCUCAAGAUCUUCACAUCCGAGUUCUACGCCAUCGGCGCCCUGUUCGCCGUCUACGGCGCCGCCGUCAUGCUCGUCGCCAUCUUCCGCCGCCACGAGGGCAACCGCCAGUUUUUCACGUCCCCGAAGGAGGACGAGCACGGCGCCGUAUCCGUCGUCCGCAAGUUCCGCACCUCGGGCAACAGUGUCGCGCUGCUCACGGUCCUGAGCCUCGCCGCCUACGUCACGUUGCUGGUCCUCACCUGGCAGCUGGUGCAGUGA